AUGGAAAGAGCUACCCCAGCAACAUUGACUGAAUUUAAAGAUGAAUUAUCAAAUACAUUACUCAAUAUCCUCGAUACAUGGUCUAUAGAUUUUAAGACUUACAGGUCUACGACAAGCGGAACCUCCACCGCAAUCCAGGAGAGUAAUUCUAAUUCCAAAUUGAUGUAUUCGAUAACGUUGUCGCAUCAGAAUAAUAAGACCGUUCUAAUCAAGAAUGACACUAAGAUUGCCAUGAUUAUGGCUGCAUCAAAAAACGAGAUACCUACAGAAUUGAUAUCCAACGGAUGUAUAAGUGAUACAAAUCCAAUUCCCAUUGACGUUUUAUUGAACAAUAAAUUAUCUAACCUAUGGACUCAAAGACAAUCAAUAAAAGGUACAGGUGGUGAAACAUUUCAGACAACAAACAAAUUAUUGAUUAGGGUUAUUAAUUUGUUUUCAUCCACUGGGUUUAAAGGAUUAUUGAUUGAAUGUGAGGAUCAAUCCACCGAUGGGAUAACGAAUGGGAGUCAAGUCUUUCAUACAAAUAAUAAGAUAACUUUCCAAGAAAAAAUACAAACAAUCACUAAUAUCUUGACAAAAUUGUCUACUCCCACUUCUGUGAAAGCACCCACCACCACCACUACUACUGAUUACAAAAUAUCGAUGGAUUCACUAAACCUAGACCAUUCUGAUUAUCUAGGUGACUUGGGUUAUCAGUAUGUCCGAGUUCUGGAGUUUUAA